CGCUGCUGGCGGCGGCCGGGGCUGCUCCCUGCGGCCGGGGCGGGGUGAAGCGAAGCGGCGGCUGCCAUUCCUCGGCUGCGCGGCCGCCUCCUCCCCCUCCGCCUCUUCCUGGCCGCGGCGAGAGGAGCUGUGCUGGCAGCGGGGAGGCGGCGGCGGCGCCCAGCUCCCUGCCCGCCAUGGCGAUCCGCAAGAAGAGCAACAAGAACCCGCCGGUGCUGAGCCACGAGUUCAUCGUGCAGAACCAUGCGGACAUCGUGUCCUGCAUGGCCAUGGUCUUCCUCCUGGGGCUCAUGUUCGAGAUUACAGCAAAAGCAGCUGUCAUUUUUGUUACACUUCAGUAUAAUGUUACCAUUCCUGCCACAGAAGAACAGUCUGCAGAAACAAUCUCUCUCUAUCACUAUGGCAUCAAAGACUUGGCUACGAUUUUCUUUUACAUGCUUGUAGCAAUAAUCAUACAUGCUAUAAUUCAGGAGUACGUACUGGAUAAAAUUAACAGGAAAAUGCACUUUUCAAAAACAAAGCAUAGCAAAUUCAAUGAAUCUGGGCAACUUAGUGCAUUCUACCUUCUCUCCUGUGUUUGGGGAACAAGUAUUCUUGUCUCUGAGAACUAUAUAUCAGAUCCAACCUCUCUGUGGAGGGACUAUCCGCACACUCUGAUUCCGUUUCAAAUGAAGUUUUUCUACAUCUUACAGUUGGCAUACUGGUUUCAUGCUUUUCCAGAAUUAUACUUCCAGAAAACUAAAAAAGAAGAUAUCUUUCGCCAGAUUGUCUACAUCGGCCUUUAUCUCUUUCAUAUUGCUGGAGCUUAUCUCCUGAAUCUGACCCAUCUUGGACUUGUUCUUCUGGUAUUGCAUUACUUCGUUGAAUUUCUUUUCCAUAUAUCCCGUCUUUUCUACUUCAGUGAUGAAAGAUACCAGAAAGGAUUUUCACUGUGGGCAGUUCUUUUUGUUUUGGGAAGGCUUCUCACCUUGAUUCUCUCGGUCCUCACUUUUGGCUUUGGACUGGCAAGAGCAGAAGAUCAGCAGCUGAAUUUCAGUACUGGAAACUUUAAUAUCCUGGCUGUUAGAAUCAGUGUGCUGGCCUCCAUCUGCAUGACUCAGGCAUUUAUGAUGUGGAAGUUCAUUAAUUUCCAGCUUCGGAGGUGGAGAGAGCAUUCUUCUUCUCAGCCUCAGUCAGUAAAAAAGAAGUUCAUAACAGCUAAAGGAAAGACCUCCAGAAAAGAAAGAGAAAAUGGAAUAAAUGGAACAGUGACCUCAAAUGGAGCAGACUCGCCUCGUAGCAGGAAGGAUAAAUCCUCGUAAAACUGGGUUUUAUUAAGUUAAUUGACUAAUGUCCCCAAAGAAUCUGCUUUUUACAUGGAUGGCCCUUCAGCACUAGAGAUGUUAUGGAUUAAAGAAAUUACAAUUCAUGUUUUUUGAUUAUUGCUGUUGUUUUGAGAAACUUUUUUUAAAAGCCAUUUUGACUAAGGAAAAAGGUUUAUCUGUCUUCAGAUAUUUGGGGGGGGGAUACAACACUUUUUAAAUAACAUUGACACUUUUUUAAACAUUUAUUGUGAUGAAAUAACUUCACUUAAUGAGGAUCACUGUUGCAACAUAUUAUUUCCUUCCAGUUUUUGUAAUCUUGGUGAGAUAUACUAUUCUACCAACUUCACUUUUUCCAGGUUCUUCAAGAAGUAUUGCAAAAUUGAAGUAAAAACUUAGUAUGCAUUUUCAGAUACUCUGGCUUUUCAGUUGAUUCAAAUUUACGGUUCAAAUUGGGAUUUCAAGACCACACCAGUAAACCUCUUUAUUUUGUAGUUACUAGCUACAUGAUGUCUGCUCUAAGAAUUGCCCCAUAUCAUUAAAACAAAACUGAACUAAUUGGAGAUGUUGCAGAGUCUUAUUGUUUGUUGGUUAGAAAUCUCUUACAAGGAACAAAAAACCUUUUUGAGAUAUAGUUUUAGCACUUGAAAAUUAGAAGGGAGCGUGUAUGGUCAUAGAAAGAGUUGAUUUUGAGUAGCACUGUUAACUCCCGUCUGUGCUUUUAAAGUGUAUGUGUCUUGGAGAAUUAGUGUGUGUUGGACCUUCUUUGAAAACUUGUCUGUCUGAUUUUAGAGGGUGGAGGUUCUUACAAUGUGUUGUUGUGAUUGUUUUAGGAGACAUUUAAUGCUCCAUGAAGAGGGAAUUUGUUAGAUAAAUGGAUCAAGUUAUGAGAAACAUUCCUUUAUUCUGACUGCUUUGCUUUGUUUCUCCUCUGUUAGGAAGUAGGUUGAUUUCUCCUAUAUAUAUUUUUAUGAAAAAAUAUUUAAAAGCUACAACUUCUUAAAAUUGAUUUAUUGUGCCCUUUGCUACAACUGUCUUUCAUAAUUGUAUUAAAUGUGAAGCUUUGUCCAGUUAAUUUUCCAGUUUAAUAUGCAGUUAAUGUUUCCUCUGUACCCUUUUGUAAUGGGUGUAAUUCAGCCCAUUUCAACUGAGAGAAUGAGUUAGAGAUUUAAUUGAGUCUUAAGAAGAAGUUGCUAAAUUAGUCUUUCAAGUUAACCCAAGUAUUGGAUAGCUUAUUGACUGAGAGGAGUAAUUAUGAGCAAUCAAGCUGAUAAAUAAAAUAGUUUUAAUUGAAAACUGUUACUAUAGUUGAGUUUAUACACAACAAAAUAAUAAAUCUGCAUUCUGUAUCUUCUAAAGUUUGGUUGCUUACUACACAAUAAAUGUUUCUAGUACAAAAGCUUGACUGCAAGUAACUAUCCAUUCUUCAAUCAUUUAGUGCUAUUUAGAGUUAUUGUAGUAUAAUUUAUUAUGUGUUUCAGCUAAUUUCAGUCACAGUUCCCAAGUACUUGCUUCACAGCUCCUGAAGUGGACUUGACAGACUUGGACUUGCUUAACUUGACUACUCUGGGGCAGCGUGCCCUGGAAUAUGCCCAGUCUGCUUCAGUGGAAGUAGCUAUACCAUAUCUUGAUUUGAAGAAGUAAAACUCAAGUGGUGAAACUGUGAAUCUAUCUGAUCUGACCAUGAAACUGGAAAAUUUGAACUCAGAAAUUUUGAGGGAGUUGCAUACAUUAAAUACUAGCUGCACAAAAUCAUGUUUCAUGUCUGUUGUUUCUAAAGAGACCGUCAUAGAUUCUGUGUGCCUUGCUCUCAGGUUGUACCUUAAACCAAAAGGGGCAAAUUUUUAAAGUUUUCUAGUCUAGUACUUUUGAUUCUAAAGCAGUUUGCUGUGAUAUCUGUCCUGGGGCUGUCAAAAACACAAAGGGUGGAGGAACAAAUUAGGAAAGGAGCGUUUAAGGUACUUCUUGAGAUCUUUAAAACUUACUGGAGUCUGAGGCUUGUAAUAGUUGUUUCCCUAAGGCAAAUUGUUUCUUGUAAACCUCAUUCUUUGGCAUGGUAGUCUUGAAAUGUAAGUUUCAGGUUCACUUCCAAAAACUUCAAAAGAGUAUAUUCUUGCCUGUUAAUUCUGACAUUACUUUUUGUCUCCUUUUGGCCUUAUGGACAUUCUUGGUCUUUGGACUUUUUAAAAAAAGCACUUUUGUUUCCACAAUGUCUUAAUCUUCUUCCUUGCCUUAUAGGAGUUGUUGCUUUCUGCCAAGUAAUAGAAAAUAAUUUCAGUUGUUCUAGAAUUUGGAUAGAAUAUUGAAAGCCAGUUUCUUUUGUCUCUUGUCAUAACUAAAAAUACAUAUUUAUCAUUUUGGAUGAGGCAAAAGCAAUAAUUUUUAAUUUUCUACCUUGGAGUGGAAAGCCCCAUGAAUUUAGAAGAUUUUGAGACUUCUAUUUCCAGUUUGAUGUUACUUGUUCUGGCAUAAGGUUAUUGUUUGCCUGGAUAACCUCUCUUGAAUUGCUUAAACCUGAUUUUCAAAUGUUACUGCAUUUUUGGCUCUUCGUUUGUAAUCUGAGAUUCAGUAAGCUGGAAGAUUAGUUGUCUAAUCAUGUUUUCUUAAUUAUGGAAUCAGGAAAAUUAUAAAUGGAAAUGACUGAAGAACUCAUGAUUAUAUUCCUGUGCCUAAUAAAAUAACUUUUGCUUAGGCUGUAGUAAUUUAUCCUGCUCAAUUACCAGGUCCCACAAAGAGAAGUCUUUGUCCGUGUAGAUGGAUUUGAAUUGAGUAAUUCAUAGAGACUGUGGAUAGGGUUGUUUGGGUUUGGCUUUUUUCUUCACCCCUCUUCUCCCUACCCCGUCUUGUCAGAACUUUUCAAGACUUACAACAGAUGAUUUCAAGCCUUCCCCCCCAGUGUAUGUUUGGUUUAUGUGCCAGAAUCUACUAUCAAAAGCAGUAUUUUACUUUUAUUAAGUAAUUAUCUGUAACUUCAAAGUAUGAACAAGGAAUGCAGAGCAGCUGAAAUUAAUUUUCAGAGUUUUUGCUUUUAAUCUGGACACUUUCUCCUCUUGACUACUUGCAAAGAUUGAUUUCUCCUGUGUGAAUUAUGAACAUGGCUCUUUGGAAAUACUGCUUUUUGGGUGAUCCCAUGCCCAAACUUAGGAAUGAUUAAGGGAUUUGCUUUGCAGGUAAAAUGCAUAGGCUAUUUCUGCUGAUGUUAGAAUAUGCUGAAAGUAAAUUAAGUAUAUUGAGAUAAUGCAUUUGGAAAAUCAGUAGUUAUUGGUAAGCAUUUGAUAAUUUUCCUAAAUACUUCUUUAUUUGAAAAUGUUAGUUGUGUUUAUGGAGUUAUAUUACCUAGAAUUGUAAUAAGCUGUGUGGUACUUUGGUACAAGGAAUCGGACUUCUGUAAAAAGGGUUAAUGCACAUCUGCAGACCUUUUGCUCUUUGCAGAUUUCUGACUAACUGCACCCAAGGUGUUUUUUUUGGGAGGCAAAACGUGGUAUUAAGGAAAAGGGAGCAUUUUCCUGGUCACGCUAAGCUGAAAGUAAUGUAGGUUGCUGCCAAAAUUGGGGUUCUGUCCCUUGCCUUGUCUAGCACAAGCCUUUCUGGUUACACAGUGAGCUAAAUGAGGGAGCUGGUGUGGCUGAAAACUGUCUUGUUUGCUUAGUUGCAUUUCCGCUGGGUUAGUUGACUGAUAGUAAUCCUGGAGGUACUCAAGUAUUUAUAUAUAAGCAAGAAGAAAAGGGAAAAGGUGAAUUGAGCUCUAAGGCAGCUACCCCUUUCAACUGUGCCUUUGGUUGAAAAUUACACUAGAUCACAGUAUGAGUUGGGAGAUCUCAUUGAAGGGCUUCCAGUCAUCAAUACCAGAAGGGAGCUGGUCUGUCUGGUAGCUCCUACAUGCCAAGCUGUUUAUGUGUUAAUGGAAUUUUGUCAGAUAUUGUGGGGGAAGGGGAAAUACUCAGUAAGCUGUAGUGUACUGAGAUACAUUUUGUCUGACAGUUUUUGGGGUUUCCAAGCAGUGCAAGGUGAUCCUGGCAGUGUAGAAAUAGGAAUUCUGAAAAUGUAGCUUCUCUUGGAUCAAAAAACCAAGGUUACUUUUCGUAACAGCCAGGAAGCUACAGCUUCUUUGCUUUUUUUGGUGUGGGAAUCUUUUUUUUUCUCCAUGUGAACCAUUUACGUAUCCAAGUAGGCCUUCCUGAGAUUUUUGCAAGAAUUGCACUGUAUGCGUGUCCAGGUGUGGGUGCAGAGGGGAAGGUUGUUCGGUUUCUCUCACUUUGUUUUCCUGUUUUCAAGAAGUUCGCCAGCUGAUUCCUAGAUCAUACUUGGGUUUGGUUCCAUCUAUGAGUCAGCCCUUUGGGCCUAUGUUGUGGAAGAUGGAGACUGGCAGCUUCAAUAGGCUCCCUAUGCAGUGUUGGUCAUUGCUGUCCUAAUUGUUCUCUGCAGAAAAUGUCAGUAUUGAAGGGACUUGAACACAAAGUAGACACAGUCGUGAUAUUUGCAACAUUUACAGGCUGAUGAGAGCCCGCAGACAGAGAUACUGCAUUCCAGGGGGCUGUGGUUUAAUGCCUGGAGGCUGUAGUAACAGUCAUCUUGGUAUGCAAACACUUGGGUUACUUCUUGAGCAGGGUCUAAGAAUGUCUUACAAAAUUAAGGCUUGGUGAAAAUUUAGAGGACAUUCUUUAAAAAGAAUAAGACUCUGCAAAGGACCGAUGUCAGUUAUUAUCUGUUCAUCGUAUUUGAAUUUCGCACGUUGUUAGUUGUGGAUUAUCUUUAGAGCAGUGGAUUAGCCUAUGGUUGGGUUUUUCUAUACUCUAGGUUGUUGUGGUGGAUGCCUGGUGGAUAUCCCCUCUUCUCAUUGCUCCCUGAACUACUCCAAUUAGGAUCCGAUAAGCCUUGUUCUGUAUGCAUUAAGGAACUUUGUAUGCUUUGGUCGAUUUAGAUUAGAUGUUAGAAAGAAAUUCUUCACUGUUACAGUGGUGAGGUACUGGAACAGGUUGCCCAGAGAGGUUGUGGAUGCCCCCUCCCUGGAAGUGUUUAAGACCAGGUUGGAUGGGGCUUUGGGCAAUGUGGUCUAGUGGAGGGUGUCCCUGCCCGCAGCAGGGGGGUUGGAACUAGAUGAUCUUUAAGGUCCCUUCCAACCCAAACCAUUCUAUGAUUCUAUGCUCUUCAGAACUAAAACAGAAACAGUGCCGGAGUGUUUCUGGAUCAGACAUGCAAGAAAUAAGUGCGUCAAUAUGCCAGAUAUCAUCAGAACCCACUUAAUGGGAACUGAAACUCUUUAGGAUGAAUAUGUUACAAUACAUCUUGGAUUGCAAUGUAGUGUUUGGAUAUAGCUCACGUCCAGAUAGCAAGUGCCUUUGUGUUGGUGAAAUGGAACUGCUGUUAGCAUCUACAGCCCUCGGUUCCACUUGGGCUCACAAUGGGUGAGGAGUGCUGGGCUGCAGCUGCAGUAGGCUUCUUUCUGCCUUUCAGAGAAGUUCUUUUGAUGUUGACAAGACAAAAGGCAACAACUCUUAUUUCAGGUUUCAAAAAAAAUAAAACAUGCUACCUAGUUUUGAAUCCAGUACACUUGAUCUGUUUCUAUGUGUCCUGUCACUUCUAUUUUAGAUUUCCACAAAUACUUUUAUCCACCUCAAGGAUGGCAAAUCUGUGAUGUGAGUGCCAGAAAUGACAACUCCUUUUUCUGCUUUAUGUAUCUGAAACUUUUUGCAGAAUCAGAGCAGCUAAAGUGUAGCUUUAUAAUUUGAUAGCUUUUCAGUAUUCAUUCUUUCUCCUUAUUUAUUGCGGUUAACAUUUAAAGGUCAGGCAUUGUCAUGCAGCAUAACAGCGUUGUCACUUCUUCAUUCCAAACGCGAGAGUAUUAGGCUAUUUGAUAUACUGAAGUGAAAAAAUAUAUUGGUAAGUCUUGACUGGUUUAGCAGAAAUUGAUAUUCCUGGAUGGUUUUGUUUCCCAUAUUGCAGUUCACUGGUACUGCCUUUCUCAUUUAGGAAACUGGGCACUUAAGAUCUCUGAAUCUCUAGACUGUAGCUUUGCUGUAUACAGCUUGACAAAUUAUGGUCUAGAACUUAAGCUUUGUGUCUCCUUAUGUUGGUUAUAAAUGUUGAACAAUGUAUCUUGCAUUGUAAUUAACAGAUAAAAAUUCAGCCCAUGGUGAUAAGAAAACUGUAACGGGGUAGGAAUUUCAACUCUUGAACUCCAGACUAGAAGCCAAGGCAAGACUGUCCUGUGUUCUCACGCAGGUGAUUCCUCCUCUUUGUUUCUUGAUUAAUCAUUAUCUUUGUUUUGUUUAUUUAGAUUGUAAGUAAGUUCUUUGUGGCAAGGGUUGUCUUUUGUGCGUGUGUGUGUGCGCGAGUGUGUGUGUACCCAGGACAAUUAGGCCUGGAGCUCCAGUCUGUGGAAGCUGUAAUAAACAAUCACCUUGUUAUUGUUUUCCUGGAUAUCAUAAUAAAGAGUAUCAAAUUAAAA